AUCGAUAAAUCGUCCGGCGCGAAACCCUAAAUUGUCAUCCAGAGAAAAUCCGAAAUUCAAAAAUAAAUCCCUGGGCUGGGCGAGCCGUUUCUGGACUUUGGGAUAGGGCGAUCUCCUUUGUCUGGAAUUGACCUUUUGAAUGUCACCCAGGGCAGAUAAGCGCUCAAGUCGGCAGAGGGGAUCUUGUGAUUGCGAAUACCGAGAAUACGGCUGGAAAAGUGAUGUAGGGAAAAUUGAACCCAUCUCCGGAAAAUAACCAGUUUUCUUGUAAAUAGUAAUUUUCGGAAAUCAGUCUCGAUCCGAGUGCAAGUGUCUUCGGCCCUGGGCUGUCUCAGGUCCCCACGUCCUCAAACCGAUCGUCGGACCCAUUUGGGAAAAAUCCAUUUCUCAAAAAAAUGGAUGAUCUGGAAUUGACUCCAGAACAGACGGAGAAAGUCGUCCAGUUCCAGGAGCUGACUGGUCUUGAUAACCUGUCGGUAUGCCGUGAUGCAUUGCAUAGACACGGAUGGGAUUUAGAAGUGGCUGUGCAAGACCAGCUCAACAUAAGUGAAGGGAGGCCAUCCGUUUUUGCAACGGAGAAUGCAGCCCCGCCGUCAGUAGUCAACGAUGGAGUCGUUCAGCACGUCUUCUAUUCUCCACCUUCUGAUAGCUAUAGAUGGGGAGGCCCCUUUGGAUACAUUUUCUCCUUCGUUUUUCAGUUUUGCUAUGAUACGAUAACCUCUAUUCUCAAGUUUGCAUUUAGCAUUUUCUGGAAAGAGCCACGAAGACAAGUAACAGACCCAGUGGGAGAUGUUUUGAAAUUCAUUGAUCAUUUUAAUGACACAUUCUCAAGGACUCAUCCAGUUUUUUACCAAGGCUCCUACAGCCAAGCACUAAACGAUGCCAAACAGGAGCUGAAAUUUUUAGUCGUUUAUCUACAUCAAGAUACAAAUCAAGAUUGCAUUAAUUUUUGCCGGGACUGCUUGACAGACAACUCCUUGAUUGAGUAUUUAAAUAGCAGAACGUUGUUCUGGAUAUGCAAUACCGUGAGUGGAGAGGGUGAGAGAGUUUCACACACACUGAAAGCUUCGACAUACCCUUUCCUUUCUGUAAUUGCUUACAAGGAAUCAAGAAUGGUGAUGAUCGCCAGACUGGAAGGCCCAACAAAUAGUGCUGAAGUACUAAGCAGGCUCAAUGCUGUGAUCUCGUCUAAUGAGAGUUUUUUGGAUGCAGCACGUUCAGAUCGCCUUGCCAGAAGCCUCAACCAGAGACUUCGACGAGAGCAGGAUGCUGCUUAUAUGGAAUCACUCCGUGCUGACCAGGAGAAGGAAAGAAAAAGGAUCGAGGAGGAGGAAAAGAGGCGAGCCGAGGAAAGGGAAGAACAGGAGCUUAGGAUGAGAGAACAAGAAAAGAAAGAGGCCAUAAGGAGAGCGAAAAUAGAUAAAUUGUCCGAAAUUCCUGAUGAGCCAGCACAGAAUGAUCCAGAUGCACUAUCAGUUGUUUUUAAAAUGCCUUCAGGUGAAAGGAUAGAACGUAGAUUUGCAAAAGUAAAUAGUCUUAAGGAUAUUUACAAUUUUGUCUUUUGUCAUCCAUCGUCUCCAGAUGUGUUCGAGAUUGCGACCAACUUCCCUAAAAGAACCUUGCAGUGUGAUACGGAGGGGCAUAAAACCCUCCUCGAGGCCGGGCUCGGUGGUAGGGAAGUUCUUUUCGUAUACGAUCUUGAAGCUUAAUAUUUAAAUAAUAAAACUAAUAUAUACAAAA